AUCUCCCCAGCUAGCUGAAAAAAAAACAAAGAUGGACAAAGAAGAACUCCUAAAGCUUUCUGUGUGAUCUUCACGUUUCUUACCAUGUCAGAUCAUUAUCGGGCUCAGGGACAUGUAUGAACCCAGACUGGAAACAUCUUGAAAAAGACACAUCUCUUUUUAAAGACAUGAGAUUUUGGCACCACGAUAAUGAAACUCAUGUCUUGAUGAAGAAGGAAUCAGAGUUAUAGAGUAAUUUGGAAGAAGAUUCAACAGAAUUUGGAAGAGCCCUUCCAAGGUUCAGCAGAAACAAAGACAGCUUAGACAGCACAGAGAAGGUUGAAUGUAUGGACUUCCAUCUGUCCUGUUCCAAUGGCGGAGCCGAACCAGACAGUGACCCAUUUUGUGUUCUUGGGACUGACUGAUAAUCGGAGUCUGGAGCUGUUUCUAUUUCUCAUCUUCUUCAUCAUCUACCUGCUUACCUUAGUAGGAAACCUCUUGAUUGUGGUGACAGUGGCUUGUGACCGAUGCCUCCACACGCCCAUGUACUUCCUUUUGGGAAAUCUGUCCUUUCUUGACAUCUGCCAUUCCUCUGUCACGGCACCCAAGAUGCUCCUGGACUCUGUCUUCAGGCAGAAGAUCAUCUCCUUCGGAGGCUGUGUGGCACAAUUCUUCUUCCUCCACAUCUGUGCCUCUGCUGAGAUCUUCCUCCUGACCAUCAUGGCCUAUGACCGCUGCGUUGCCAUCUGCUAUCCAUUACAGUAUGUGACUCUUGUGAAUCUGAAGAUCUGUGUGUGCUUGGUGGGUGCUCUGUGGAUCGGGGGCAUCAUCCAUUCUCUGGUCCAGACUGUCCUUACCCUUCGCCUCCCUUUCUGUGGUCCAAAUGUCAUCGAUAGCUUUUUCUGUGACAUUCCUCCAGUCAUGAAGUUGGCUUGCGCUGAUACAUACUUCACUGAAGUGCUGAUGAUAUCCAACAGUGGUGUCAUCUCCUUGCUUUGUUUCUUGGCCUUAGUGUCUUCCUAUGCCAUUAUCUUUCUCUCCCUGAGAAAGCAGACAGCUGAGGGCCGUCGCAAAGCCUUCUCCACAUGUGCUGCCCACCUACUGGUGGUGAUCUUGUUCUUAGGGCCUUGCAUUUUUAUCUACACCCGCCCCACUUCCAGCUUUUCCACCGAGAAGAUGGCCGCUGUCUUCUAUACUAUGGUGACCCCUUUCCUCAACCCUCUGAUCUACACCCUGAGGAACAAAGAGGUGAAGAACUCCUUGAGAAAACUCUGGUUCCGGAGGAAGGUCUUCUUCAUAAGCAAAGGGGUUGGUCAACUUGCUUUGGUGGAAAACAACUCCGUCAAAAAGGAGAAGACAAUUCAGUGCAAUGAAGGAUCUCAAUGAAGUCAAGUGAGGUAUCUUAAGCUACAGUUGUUUUGUAAGUACAGGUAGUCCUCAGCUUACAACCAAAACAAAAAUUUCUGUUGCAAAGCAAAUCAGUUAUUAAGUGAGUUUUGUCUCACUUUACAACCUUCCUUGCCAUC